AAAAGGAAAUUAAUUAAAGAUUAUAACUAAUUUGAGUAAACUUAAUAAUUUAUUACUUAUAUUAAAAUAAUAAUAAGUAAUAAUGCAUUGUGUACCAAAGAUUUUAAUAUAUAUUUAUAUUUUAUCAUAUAACACAUUUGCACAAAAUAUCUUGUAUGAAGAACUAUAUCAACAUUGUCCACAACAUUGGAUAAAAUUUCAAGAAUCAUGUUAUCGUUUUAUAAAAAGUCCUAUUAAGGAAAGACAAGAUGCUAAAAGAAAUUGUGAAGCCUAUCAAAGUGAUCUUAUUACAAUUAAUUCUUUAGAAGAACAUGGAUUCAUAUUAUAUCAAUUAUUAUGGCAAGAUCCACAACAUCGUAAAUGGUAUACUGGUAUAAAAAAUCAAAAUGGAAAUUGGAUAAAUGAAGGUGAUAAUACUCAAUUAGUAAAUAUGGAUAAUGCAUUUUUACCUGAACCAUUUGAUUCAUUUGAUAAAGAUUAUUUAAUAUAUUCUUAUAAUAAUAAUUUACAACGUUGGGGAUUAGAAAAAGUAACUGGUAAAGAAAAACUAUUAUAUAUUUGUGAAGCACCAAUUUCUAAUUUAUAUAACUUAAUAGAUGAUGAUCGUACUUAUCAAUAUGGUAUUGAAAUUGAUAAUCCUAAUGAAAUACCCAGAGGACCAUAUUUUAUUAAGCAACCUACAGAUAAAGUAUUUGAUAUGUCAACAAGAAAAAUAAGUAAUGAUGUUUCAUUGAGCUGUUUAGUAGGUGGUUAUCCUACACCAACAUAUGAAUGGUUUAAAGAAGAUUAUGAAAAUGAUAAAUUGAUUGCAACAAAAAUAGAUCCAUUAAAUAAUGUUAGAUAUACAGUUAGUGGUGGUACUUUAAUUAUUUAUGAACCUGAUCAAACAGAAGAUAGAGGUUCAUAUCAUUGUAAAGCAACAAAUAAAUUUGGUACAAUCAUAUCUGAAAGUGUAGAAUUGUCUUUUGGAUAUAUUUUAGAAUUUAAUUUAAAGCGUUCAGAAGAACGCGGAGAUCAAAAUUGGGGUAAAGCUGUAUAUUGUGAUCCACCACAACAUUAUCCUGGAGUAAAAUAUUACUGGGCACGUGAUUAUUUUCCUAAUUUUGUGGAAGAAGAUAAACGUGUUUUUGUUUCCAAUGAUGGUGCACUUUAUUUUUCUGCAUUAGAAAUGAUUGAUCGUGGCAAUUAUUCUUGUAAUGUUCAAAGUGUUGCUUCUGAUACUGGUCGUAAUGGACCAUUUUUUCCUUUAAGAGUUGAUCCACAUUCUUCUUUUCAGCAAUUAAAAUUCCCUAAUAAUUUUCCAAAAGCAUUUCCAGAAGCUCCAAUUGCAGAAGAGGAAGUUAGACUUGAAUGCAUUGCAUUUGGAUAUCCUGUUCCAUCAUACAAUUGGACAAGAAGAGGUGCACCACUACCACGUGGAGCUUACACAACUAGUUAUAAUCGAGUAUUAAUAAUUCCUAAAAUACAUGUUGAUGAUCAAGGAGAAUAUAUUUGUAGAGUUUAUAAUGACAGAUUAUCAAUUGAAAAUUCUGUAACGCUAACUAUACAGGCAGCUCCGAAUUUUACAAUUCCAUUAGUAGAUAAACAUAUGGAUAAUAGAGGAGAGUUAACUUGGACUUGUGAAGCAUUUGGAAUACCAGAUGUAACUUAUAGUUGGUUUAGAAAUGGUGAAAUAUUAAACAUGGAAACGCUUUCUUCUGAAGAUAAAGAUCGAUAUUCCAUACAAGACAAUGUUUUAAGUAUAAAAAAUUUGGAUCCAGAACGAGAUCAAGCAAUGUAUCAAUGUCGUGCAAAAAAUCAAUUAAAAACAAGAUAUUCAUCUGCACAACUUCGAAUUUUAUCAUUAAAACCAUCAUUUAAAAAAAGACCUAUGGAACCUGAAACUUAUGCAGCAGAAAAAGGUAAUAUUACAAUUAUUUGCAAUCCUGAAGCUGCACCUAGACCGAAAUUUGUUUGGAAAAAAGAUGGAAAUGUGAUUGGUUCUGGCGGUAGACGAAGAAUUUUAGAAACUGGUAAUCUUAUAAUCAGUCCUGUAUCAAGAGAUGAUGAAGGCACAUAUAUUUGCACUGCAACUAAUCAGUAUGGAAAUGAUGAAACUCGGGGACGGCUAAUAGUAUUACGUGGUCCACAAUUUACGGAAAAAUUACCACAACAAAUUACUACGGCAGUUAUGCAAAAUCAAACAUUGCGUUGUACGGGAGAAAUAGAUGAAAUGCUAGAUGUAGCUUAUAUUUGGAAACAUAAUGGUUUACGUAUUCGAGAUGAAGAUUUAAUAAAUAAUCCUAGGCUGAAUAUUAAUGGAGAAGAACUUAAUAUAAUAAAUGCUACAUUUGCAGAAGCAGGAGAAUAUGAAUGUAUAAUUAAAAGUGCAGUAAGUGAAAUUUCUAGUAAAACAAUAGUUACAAUAGAAGGACCACCAGGACCACCUGGUGGUGUACAAGUUAAAAAUAUUGUAAAAACUUCUACAACUUUACGUUGGACUGAUGGUGCUUUCAAUGGAAAACCUAUUACUAUGUAUAGUAUAAGUGCGAGAACAAAUUGGAAUCAUACAUGGUUUAUUAUCAUAGAGAACAUAACUGCUAUUGAAGUAGAUAGAUAUAAUGGUAGAAAGGAGGCUUAUUUGGAGAAUGUUUUAAAUCCUUAUACUACAUACGAGUUUCGAGUAUCUGCUUUUAAUGAAUUAGGAUAUAGCUUACCAUCAUCACCUUCCCCACAAUAUAGUACUUCACCAGAUAAACCAAUGAAAGUUCCAUUUAAUAUAGGUGGAGGAGGAGGAAAAAUUGGUGAUCUUACAAUAACAUGGAAUCCUUUACCACCAUCUGAACAAAAUGGUCCUGGAAUCUACUAUAAAGUUUUUUGGCGUCGAAAAUAUCACGAGACUGAAUUUCAAUCAUUGUCUUUAAAAAAUUAUGGUAAUACUGGAAGAAGUGUUGUUCCAAUACAACAACAAUAUUAUUAUACAGAAUAUGAAGUUAAAGUUCAAGCAGUUAAUGCAUUAGGUUCUGGACCAAUUUCUAAUGCAGUUACAAUAUUUAGUGCUGAAGAUAUGCCUCAAGUAGCUCCUCAACAAGUUGUUGCACAAAGUUAUAAUAGCACUAGUUUGAAAGUUAGUUGGAAACCAAUUGAAGAGACGCGUGAAAAAAUACGAGGCAAAUUGAUAGGUCAUAGAAUAAAAUAUUGGAAAGAAAAUAAUAGAGAAGAAAAUGCAGUAUAUUAUUUAUCUCGAACAAGAAGACCUUGGGCACUUGUAGUUGGUUUACAGCCUGAUACUUAUUAUUAUGUUAAAGUAAUGGCAUAUAAUUCUGCUGGAGAAGGCCCUGAAAGUGAAAGAUAUUUAGAAAGAACUUAUCGUAAAGCACCACAGAAACCACCAUCUUCUGUCAAUGUAUAUGGAGUAAAUCCUUCAACAGUUCGAGUUGUUUGGCGUUAUGUACAACCAAGUUUAGAAGAAGAACCAUUAAUAGGUUAUAAAAUACGUGUUUGGGAGUUAGAUCAAGAUAUGAGUACUGCAAAUGAUACUAUUAUACCAGGUGGCUCAAAAUUAGAAGCUGAUAUUACGAAUCUUAGUCCUGGAAAAGCAUACCAUUUACGUGUACUUGCAUUUAGUAAAGGAGGAGAUGGACGUAUGUCAAGUCCAACUCAUACAUUCCAAAUGGGUGAUGCAGCUGCUUUUAGAAGUAGUGCUUCUAAUAAGAUUUUGAAUGCUGCUUUAGGCAUAUCAUUGUUAUUAUUAUUAAAAAUUUAUGAAUAUAUAUAAUAUGACUAUACUUUUUAUACAAUGCAGAUUCACAAAGUAAUUAUAACAGAUUAAAAAUAUAUAUAAUUAUAUUAAA